AUGAGCAGUGAUUCUAUUGAAAGUGCAGCAGAUUUGUUUGCAGAGGCGUCUAAGGUUGUUAAUGCGCUCUACACCACCAGGGACACAUUUUUUCCUGCAAAUCCAGCUGACAAAACCUCGAAGCUUCUUGUCGAGUCAAAUAUCGCCCUCAAACUGCUUGAUGAUGUUCCUCCAGAGAAAAGGAAGACGCCGGCUAAAAGGGCGAUUUAUGAGUAUUUGAGAGGAAAAGUGUUGGAUGUUUUACCUGAGUACAAGAAAGAGGCUGAAGAUCAUCUCUCCAAGGCUGUAAAACUUAAUCCUUCACUUGCGGAUGCUUGGUUAAGCUUAGGGAACUGCAUUUGGAAGAAAGGUGAUUUAGCUUCAGCGAAAAAUUGUCUUACACUAGGUUUAAGCAAGGGCCCAAAUAAAGGGAUUCUUUGUCAAUUAUCAAUGCUUGAAAGAAGAAUGGCUCAAGGGGCUGAAAACCAGGUAGAAAUUGUCAAUGACAGCAUAAAGCACGCAAAAGAAGCAAUUGCUUUAGAUGUUAAGGAUGGAAACUCUUGGUAUAAUCUAGGAAAUGCCUGUCUCACUUCUUUCUUUGUCACUGGAGCCUGGGAUCAUGGAAAGCUACAGCAAUCAUUAAAAGCAUACCAACAUGCUGAAAAGGAUGAAAGAAUGAAGUCAAAUCCUGACCUCUAUUACAAUUGUGCUAUUGUGAAUAAGUACCUGGAAAACUAUGAGAGAGCCUUGAGUGGAUUUGAAGCUGCUGCAUUAAGGGAUCCUGGUCUCAAUGCCAUUGAAGAAGUUCAAAAGAUUAUGCAGCUUCUUGACAAAAUCGAGAGUUUACUACGAGGACAGGCCAAAUUCAAAAGACUAACCUCCUUGGCCUCAUCUCUUUCUAGUGUGAACUUGAACCCUUCAUAUAAAAAGGAGACCGUGGAUAAUUUGUUGGAUGGCCUCAACAAAGCAGUUGCUAUUGUCGGAAGAGUUAUGUUUUUUGUUAAGCAUGAAAAUGUGGCUCCGUUUUACUAUUUGCUGUGUGAUUCGAGCCAGAUAUGCUUUGUUCUUUCCGUGUACGGAAUACAUAAUCAAGCAAUCAAGGAAGGAGAUCAGGUCACUCUAUUGGAACCUUCUUACCAUCAUGUUGAUUUUUCUUGGAAAGAAAAGUCGUAUCAGUUCAGAUCGGUACGUGUUGAUUUUCUGGAGCAAGUGCUUGUGAAUGGGAAAGCAUUGUCCCCUCAACAUUCUGUUCAAACAUCAAUUUAUGCUCAAAACAAGACGUGA